CAGAAGGCAAGUUGCAACAUCUGCGAGCAGAGUUAGAACAAAGCCCCUUAACUUUUUUUGGUCUGGCCCUGGGUUCUGGCCACUUUCCUCUGAUCCUUCUCCAUUCUCUCUGGACUUGGACAGGAAUCUCAGCAGCACGGUGGUGAAGUGUGACUGCCUGGCGUCCUGACUCAUGUGAGAGCUGCGGGGGGAGAGGCCACGGUAAGACCACAGGGGAUGUGAAGUUGGUCUCCUCAUCACACAUUUCCAAAACCUCCCUUAGUGUGGGUCCUUCAAGGUUGACUCCAUGCCCCUGACCGAAGCCCCUGCUUUCCUUCUGCCUCCUCGGAACCUGUGCAUCAAAGAAGGAGCCACUGCCAAGUUUGAUGGGAAGGUCCGGGGUUACCCAGAACCCCAGGUGACAUGGCACAGAAAUGGGCAACCCAUCACCAACGGGGGCCGCUUCCUUCUAAACUGUGGUGUCCGAGGGACUUUCAGCCUUGAGAUUCAUGCUGUCCAUGAGGAGGACCAGGGAAAGUACACCUGUGAAGCCCGCAAUGGUAGUGGCACCCGCCAGGUGACAGUGGAGUUGACAGUGGAAGGGAGUUUUGAGAAGAAGCGUGAUCGACCCGUUGUUUCCAAAACCUUGGGGGGAAGAUAUUCAGCCUCAGCAGGGUCUUGUCCUAGCAUCUGGGGUGAGUGUCCCCCAAAGUUUGCUACCAAGCUGGGCCGAGCAAUGGCCAGAGAAGGACAGAUGGGGCGAUUCUCUUGCAAGAUCACUGGCCGGCCACAACCACAGGUCACCUGGCUCAAGGGAAACGUCCCACUGCAGCCAAGUGCCCGUGUGUCUAUGUCUGAGAAGAAUGGGAUGCAGGUUCUGGAAAUCCGUGAGGUCACCCAGGAUGAUGUGGGCGUGUACACGUGCAUGGUGGUGAACGGGUCAGGGAAGGCCUCCAUGUCAGCUGAGCUCUCCAUCCCAGGGAGCAGAUUCCAUGGCCCAGGGCACCAGCCACCGUCAAAAAGCCCAGCGAGUGCAGGCCCUGGAGCUUCUAUGCUUUCCAGGACUAGAAGUUUCUCAGACAACUCAAAAAGUUCAGCACCAGGGAAGCCAGAAGCAGCGAGGCAGGGUUUGAACAAUACCAAUAGGUCAUUUGGGAGAAGAGUAGAGGUCCCCAGUUCAGAUGUCAGGAAGGAGGUGACCAAUGGAGUCUCAAAGGGGCCGAAACUCGACAGCCUGGAGACUGCAGCUGCAAGUAAUAACUGCUCCAGCCCCCGGGGAGGACAGUCCCCCAUCUACACCUCAAACAGCCAGCCACAGCCCCUGCAGGAGCCCAAGACCCCUGUCCUGCAGAAGACUUCCAGCACCAUCACCCUGCAAGCCACAAAAGUCCAGCUGGAACAAAGAGCACCAAUCAUGGGAACCCCGUCUCCUAGGGAAGAGAUGAGUCCAUCUGUUCCCCAGCCAGCCACCCUUUCUACAGGACUGUCGGACCUGGGAAGCCCAGAAGUUGUGAGCAAGGUUGCUACCAGGAAAAUCCCCAUGGAGAGCCAGAGCCAUUCAGCAUGGCCCAAGUUUGAGAGUGAGCCCCAAAGCCAGGAAGUCAGUGAAGACCAAGCAGUCAAAUUUAGGUGUGAGGUUUCAGGGAUCCCAAAGCCUGAAGUCACCUGGUUCCUGGAAGACGUUCCAGUAAACAGACAAGAAGGCACCAUUGAGAUUUAUGAAGAUAACGGGUCCCAUUACCUCUGCCUGCUGAGAGCUCAGACCAAGGACAGUGGGAAGUACAGCUGCACAGCCUCCAAUAGCCAAGGCCAGGUGUCCUGCAGCUGGACCCUUCUAGUGAAAAGGUUGGUUACAAUGGGGGAGGCCCCCUCAUUCUCCAGUGUCUUAAAGGACUGCACUGUUGUCGAGGGCCAGGAUUUUGUGCUGCAGUGCUCCGUACAGGGGAACCCAGUGCCCCAGAUCACUUGGCUGCUCAAUGGGCAGCCCAUCCAGUAUGCUCACUCCACCUGCAAGGCCGGCGUGGCUGAGCUCAACGUCCUGGAUGCCCUGCCAGAGGACAAUGGCACCUACACCUGUCUGGCCGAAAACUCCUUAGGACAAGUGUCUUGCAGUGCCAAGGUCACCGUCCAUGGGACAAAGGAACCCACAACCAUGGAGAAUGUGGCUGAUGCUGACUCUGUGGGGCUCUCCGCCCGGAGUGGACCUGAUUUCUCUGAAGAAAUGCUUCGGCACAGAAUCACUGAAAAGAAGAGUGACGGAAAGAGUGGCCUUCUGCCUCUGUCUCCCAACCAGCCUGUGGCGCCCAUCUUCCUACAAGGCCUCUCUGAUCUCAAAGUCAUGGAUGGAAGCCAGGUCACCAUGACAGUUCAGGUGUCAGGGAAUCCACCCCCAGAGGUCAUCUGGCUGCACAAUGGGACUGAGAUCCAGGAGUCUGAGGACUUCCACUUUGAACAGAAAGGCACUCAACACAGCCUUUGCAUCCAGGAAGUGUUUCCAGAGGACACAGGUACAUACACCUGCGAGGCCUGGAACAGCUCCGGGGAGGUCCGCACUCAGGCUGUACUCACAGUGCAAGAGCCUCAUGAUGGCACCCAGCCCUGGUUCAUCAGCAAGCCUCGCUCGGUGACGGCCUCCCUGGGCCAGAGUGUCCUCAUCUCCUGUGCCAUAGCUGGUGACCCCUUUCCUACUGUGCACUGGCUCCGAGACGGCAGAGCCCUCUCCAGACACACUGUCCAUUUUGAAGUACUGCAGAACGAGGAUGUGUUCACCCUGGUUCUAAAGAACGUGCAGCCCUGGCAUGCUGGCCAGUAUGAGAUCCUGCUCAAGAACAAGGUUGGCGAAUGCAGUUGCCAAGUGUCACUGAUGCUACAGAACAGCUCUGCCGAAGAAUCCCCACGGGGGCAGGAGCCUGCCAGCUGUGAGGGCCUCUGUGGUAGAGGAGCUGGUGCUGAUGGUGGUGGCGACCGUGAUGGGACCCUGAGGCCAGACUGGCCUGGGAAAGGGCAGGAUCGCCCAGAGGAGGAAGACUGUGAGGACGUGCGGGAGCUGCUGAAGAGGCGUGUGGAGACCCGGCUGCACACAGAGGAGGCCAUCCGCCAGCAGGAGGUGGAGCAGCUGGAUUUCCGCGACCUCCUGGGGAAGAAGGUGAGCACCAAGACUCUGUCGGAAGAAGACCUGAAGGAGAUCCCAGCUGAGCAGAUGGAUUUCCGCGCCAACUUGCAGCGGCAGGUGAAGCCAAAGACUCUGUCCGAGGAAGAGAGGAAGGUGCACAGCCCCCAGCAGGUUGACUUCCGCUCUGUCCUGGCCAAGAAGGGGACUCCUAAGACCCCCGUGCCUGAGAAGGCACCACCUCCAAAACCUGCCACACCUGACUUUCGCUCGGUGCUGAGCAGCAAGAAGAAAUUACCAGCAGAGAAUGGCAGCAGCAGUGCCGAGUCCUCGAGUGCCAAGGCAGUGGAAAGUCCCCAGCCCGUGAGCAACGCACAGCCUGCAGGGUCCCUGAAACCUGUGGUCAAUGCCAAGCCUGCAGAGACCUUGAAACCUGUGAGCAAUGCCAAGCCGGCCGAGACCCUGAAACCCGUGGGCAAUGCCAAGCCUGCAGAGACCCUGAAACCCGUGGGCAAUGCCAAGCCGGCUGAGACCCUGAAACCAGCUGGGAAAGAAGAACUGAAGAAGGAGGUUAAGAAUGAUGUGAACUGCAAGAGAGGGGCCACCGACAGUGAGAAAAGACCAGAGAGCCAAGGGACAGCCCCAACUUUCAAGGAGAAGCUACAAGAUGUCCAUGUGGCAGAGGGUGAAAAGCUGCUACUCCAGUGCCAGGUGUCCUCUGACCCCCCAGCCACCAUCACCUGGACACUGAAUGGAAAGACACUCAAGACCACCAAGUUCAUCAUCCUCUCCCAAGAAGGCUCACUCUGUUCCAUCUCCAUCGAGAAGGCGCUGCCCGAGGACAGAGGCCUAUACAAGUGUGUAGCCAAGAAUGGUGCCGGCCAGGCGGAGUGCUCCUGCCAAGUCACCGUGGACGAUGCUCCAGACACUAAGAACACCAAGGCCCCGGAGAUGAAAUCCCGGAGGCCCAGGGGCCCUCUUCUCCCUGUGCUAGGAACGGAGAGUGAUGCAACUGUGAAAAAGAAACCUGCCCCCAAGACACCUCCGAAGGCAGCUAUGCCUCCUCAGAUCAUCCAGUUUCCCGAGGACCAAAAGGUGCGUGCAGGAGAGUCGGUGGAGCUGUACGGGAAAGUGACUGGCACCCAGCCCAUCACCUGUACCUGGAUGAAGUUCAGAAAGCAGAUCCAGGAGUCCGAGAACAUCAAGGUGGAGAACAGCGAGACUGGCAGCAAGCUCACCAUCCUGGCUGCACGCCAGGAGCACUGCGGCUGCUACACGCUGCUGGUGGAGAACAAGCUGGGCAGCAGGCAGGCCCAGGUCAACCUCACUGUCGUGGAUAAGCCAGACCCCCCAGCUGGCACGCCUUGCGCCUCUGAUAUCCGGAGCUCCUCGCUCACCCUGUCCUGGUACGGCUCUUCAUAUGAUGGGGGCAGUGCCGUACAGUCCUACAGUGUUGAGAUCUGGGACUCAGUGGACAAGACGUGGAAGGAACUAGCCACAUGCCGCAGCACCUCUUUUAACGUCCAGGAACUGCUGCCUGACCGCGAGUACAAGUUCCGCGUGCGAGCAAUCAAUGUCUACGGAACCAGUGAGCCGAGCCAGGAGUCUGAGCUCACAGCCGUGGGAGAGAAACCGGAGGAGCCGAAGGAUGAAGUGGAGGUGUCCGAUGAUGAUGAGAAGGAGACUGAGAUUGACUACCGAACAGUGACGGUCAACACGGAACAAAAAGUAUCUGACUUCUAUGACAUUGAAGAGAGACUAGGAUCUGGGAAAUUUGGACAAGUCUUUCGACUUGUAGAAAAGAAAACUGGAAAAAUCUGGGCAGGGAAAUUCUUCAAGGCAUAUUCAGCAAAAGAGAAAGAGAACAUCCGGCAGGAGAUCAGCAUCAUGAACUGCCUCCACCACCCCAAGCUGGUCCAAUGUGUGGACGCCUUUGAAGAAAAGGCCAACAUCGUCAUGGUCCUGGAGAUUGUUUCGGGAGGAGAGCUGUUUGAGCGUAUCAUCGAUGAGGACUUUGAGCUGACAGAGCGCGAGUGCAUCAAGUACAUGCGGCAGAUCUCCGAGGGGGUGGAGUACAUCCACAAGCAGGGCAUCGUGCACCUGGACCUCAAACCUGAGAACAUCAUGUGCGUCAACAAGACGGGCACCAAGAUCAAGCUCAUUGACUUCGGUCUGGCCCGAAGGCUGGAGAAUGCAGGGUCUCUGAAGGUCCUCUUUGGCACCCCAGAGUUUGUGGCUCCAGAAGUGAUCAACUAUGAACCCAUCGGCUAUGCCACUGACAUGUGGAGCAUCGGGGUCAUCUGCUAUAUCCUGGUCAGCGGCCUCUCCCCCUUCAUGGGUGACAACGAUAACGAGACCUUAGCCAACGUUACCUCUGCCACCUGGGACUUCGACGACGAGGCAUUCGAUGAGAUCUCUGAUGAUGCCAAGGAUUUCAUCAGCAACCUGCUGAAGAAAGACAUGAAAAACCGCCUGGACUGUACCCAGUGCCUUCAGCAUCCAUGGCUAAUGAAAGAUACCAAGAACAUGGAGGCCAAGAAGCUCUCCAAGGACCGGAUGAAGAAGUACAUGGCAAGAAGAAAAUGGCAGAAAACGGGCAAUGCUGUGAGAGCCAUUGGAAGACUGUCCUCUAUGGCAAUGAUCUCAGGGCUCAGUGGCAGGAAAUCCUCAACGGGAUCACCAACCAGCCCGCUCAAUGCAGAAAAACUAGAAUCUGAAGAAGAUGUCUCCCAGGCUUUCCUCGAAGCCGUUGCUGAGGAGAAGCCCCAUGUAAAACCCUACUUCUCCAAGACCAUUCGUGAUCUUGAAGUUGUGGAGGGAAGUGCUGCUAGAUUUGACUGCAAGAUCGAAGGAUAUCCAGACCCUGAGGUCGUCUGGUUCAAAGACGACCAGUCAAUCAGGGAGUCCCGCCACUUCCAGAUAGACUACGAUGAGGAUGGGAACUGCUCUCUGAUUAUUAGCGACGUCUGUGGGGAUGACGACGCCAAGUACACCUGCAAGGCUGUCAACAGUCUUGGAGAAGCCACCUGCACAGCAGAGCUCAUUGUGGAAACCAUGGAGGAAGGAGAAGGGGAAGGGGAAGAGGAAGAAGAGGAAGAGUGAAACGAAGCCAGAGAGAAGGGGGUUCUAAGUCAUUUUUAAAAGGACUGCUUCUCUAAAGCUCAAAAAACUCGAGAUAGUAAAAGCACCUAGUGUGAUAGAUUUUUCUAGUUAGGCCAUUUGGGGGUUGAUUCUUUAGCAAUAGCAGUUGAUACCUAGCAGCAUUAUUGAUGGGCAUUAAUUUGAAUUAGCUGGCACCUUAAGAUACUAGUGCAGCUAGAUUUCAUUUCAGGAAAUCACCAGCAAAAUGCCUGACCAGUUGAUUUUGAGAGAAGGUAACCAAAAGAAAUUUUUACCUGGACAAAAUCAUAAAUUCCCCAACUGAACACACUCAUGAAAAUAAAGGCCACAAGGGCUUUGGGCCCGGAUGCCACAGUUCAGCUCAGAGGGCACCUGGAGAUGGAAGGCCUUGCCCCAGCCCCAGACUCCAGAGAACCGCAGCAUUUCACUCUGAAAGCAGUUGAGCCAUUUUAACUUACAAGGCACACUACUCCAAAGUAUGCUGUAGAUAGAUGUUAGGCCGUUCCGUUUCCCUGUCCCUUUCAACCUAUUUUUCUGAACCUGUACUUGUCAUGAGUUUUGGCUCUAAGGACAUAUUAAUUAUGUUUCUUAGAUUCUGAAGACAGGUCCCAGGCUCAUGGAUGACUCUGGCUUCCUUAGGAAAGGAAAAUAUCCUUUUCUUCUAAAAUCAGUAGGAAAUGUAAACUUAUCCCAUUCCACAAAUGUCUAGCAAUUUCUGACAUUUGGAUAAAAACCCGUGGAAAAAAUAAUUCUUGCUAAUGUGCUUUUCUUAUUCAAUCAGGAUUCAGAUUUGUGCUAUAUUACAGAGUAUCCAGCCUGCAUGCGUGGUAAAGAUGUUUGUGUCUCAAUGUAGGAAAAACCAGUUUGCUGAAGUUAGUCAAUUAUUUAUUGGGCACUAUGAAACCAAUUUCAAUAGAUGAACAACUGUAGAAUUCCACGUACUUUGAAAUCUUCUGCAAGAUAGUCUUGAGUUUAAUAAUCUUCAUUUUCAACACUCUCCAAAGAGCUUGGCCUACCUUACGGGUCCACUAUAUUUUCCUUCUCAAAUGUGCAUCAGUCAUGCCUGGCCCCCAGCCUUGAAAUAUAUUCUUAGACCUGAUAAAUGCACUCAGACUCGCAUCUGUAGGAAUUUUUAAUUUUCUUUCACAACCUUGGCACUUAAGUUUUUGUCUUUAUAAAACUUUCUGAAGGUCAUAAACAAAGACCAUAAACUGAUGCUAUACCCUAGUGCAUUUCCUCUGUGUGUGUGUGUGUGUGUGUGUGUGUGUAACAUUCCAAAUACUCUUUUUUUUCUUUUCCACUGUUUAUAAGGUGCAGCAAUUUACUAUUUCAAGGGACUUUUUAAUAGUUUCUUUAGAACCAAUUUUAAACUACUUCUGUGCAAUUCUUCACAGUAUCAGCAUUAGAAUUUUGAUUUUCAGUCUUAUUUUUUUCUUCUAUUUUAGCUGCUUUUUGCUAGUUUCAAAUUGCCAGUAUUUUUCCUUUUUUUUUUUUUGCUUUUUUAAAGUUAGUUUUUUUUCCUUUAUAACCACAGUAUUGCCACAGUUUACUAUAAUAAAGGGGUUUUAAUUUGAUUUAGAGCAUUCAAAGCGUUUUUCAUCACUUUGUGUUUGAACUAUAAUCUGUGUGUGUGUAUGUUUGUGUAUGUGUGUGUGUGUGUUUUGUGUGGGUGCAUGGGUGGUAUAUAUGCGUGUUUUCAGGUUAAUGCCUUCUUGGAAUUGUGUUAAUGUUCUCUUGUUUAUGUGCCAUCAGAAUGGUAAAUGAGAACACUACAACUGUAGUUAGACCACAAUUUUUAAAUAAAGGAUAUCACAGUA